CUGCAAAAAUCCGAGAGUUCGUGGCGCUAGCGGCUCCAAGUGUUUCGGUUUCCCGGGCCGUCUCCGGGUUGGAUUUGCACCCUGGGGUCUACAUGGGUUAAAAACGCGGAAAAAGGCGACGGAGAAAUACAAACUGCCAGGGUGUCGAAAUGAAAGGAGCGACUGUAAGGAGAAAUCCCAGGCCUCUCUACUGGGAAGAUCUGGAAAGCACCCGCCGCGCAGGGGGCCAACUAACUCCUACACUGCUCGGGGUCAGCUGAGAGCCACCGCGCGCGGGCUCCGGAGCUAGGAGGGCAAGUGCGCGGGCCGGAAGCGUCGGGCGCUCACCUGGCACCUACCUGGAGCUCACCUGGCGCCCGGGCCCCGCGCCGCUGCCCCCCGCCCUGCCCGCCGCGCCCGCACCUCGCGGUCCUUGAGGCCCAGCAGGAGCACCUCCUCCAUCAGGGUCAGCCGCGUUUCCUUGGAGUCGCCCUUGUCGUCGUCGUCUUGCUCGUCGCGACGGCUCUGAGCGUCGUCCUCGCCGCUGCUGGCGCCGCCGCCUGCCGCCCGCUCCUUGUCGGCAGCGUUGCGGGAGGCCUCGGUGCGUCGCUGCACCAGGCCCGAGCUGCGCUGGGUCAGCGAGGUCAUGACUCUGGCCGAGGCGCCAAGCCGGCGGGCCGAGAGGGGCGCGGGACCGACCGGGUCGCCCUCCUCCUUCCCCCGCGGCCUCCGACCCGGGUUUCCGGGUUAAAUUCGGACACCCGGGCGACGUCCGUCGGCAGCGGGACCGGGGCCAGUCAUGAGGAGACAGGUCAGGGCGAAGAGGGCUGACUGAGCGUCGGCGGGGCAGGAAAGGGCGCCUGUCUGCCAGCGGCUGCGGCCCCCGAAACAGCCCGAGCUCCAAAGCGGAGGCGGCGACAGCGCCUUUCCAAUAUGGCGGCCCCGGCUGACGUCACCGGAGGAUGUGGCAGAGUCGGCGCGGCAGCGGGGUGGGCAGGAGGCGCCGGAAGCGGCGGGAGGGGACCCGGCGGCCGGAGAUCCGCCGCUGCUGCGGCUGCCGCCUACACCCUUGCCGGCCCUCGGUGCUUGUCUUUUCCUCAGCGUUCCUGCGCCCCCCGACCUGCAGUUUUGCUCCCGCGACUUGCCCUCCCUCCUUCCGCUCCCCGUUUCCCCCUCACUAUCCGGGGCUGGAGUCUGAACCUGGCGGGUCCCCCAGCCCCACGAGUCGGAGGAGCAGAGACCACGCGAAGGUGGACCCCGCUCAGCCUUCAGCUGCCCUCCGCGCCCGAGACACCGCUGUCUUCGGAGGCGGCAGCGUGACCGGUUCCGUUCGGACUCUGGGGUCCGCACGACCGGCAGGAAGUACUUGGCCCGCCACUGCUGGGCGAGGAGGGGCGCGCUCUCUGCGGGGACUCCCUAACCCUUUAGAAGGAGCAACUGCGUCCAAAUGGUUUGAAAGUGGGCCUUUAGUGUUUUCCAGGAGUAAGACGGUAGAACAAAUAGACCAGUUUUGUUUGUAAAACUUGUUUCUUUGCCUCGAACUUGUGCUGUAAACUGACCAGGGCGCAGUGAGUACAGUUAGUACCGCACACGUUAGCACGCUCGACCUUAAGGAUCUUUUUACAGAGACAAUAAACUUGAAGGGUUUCACACCA